AUGAUGGAGGAUAUCAAUGAUAGCCCACCCAAGCCACCGAACACUAACGAAUCAGACGACGAAAAGGGCUGGAUCCUGUAUAUCGGACCGAUAUACAACCGCCGAACUGUCAACGACAUCCUCAUUGAUAUGUGGCGUGGUGGAGAAGACGAAUGGAUCACAAAUAUCGGCGGCGUAGUCCAAAGAACCGCCGAUGCAGUCCAAGUAGUUGAUUUCUGCUCCCCGAUUGGACACACUCCCACUAGCGACUCCUCCUCUAGGUUCGAAAUAAGGCGCGAGCAACUAUCCCAAGCCUCCCCUGACCCAUCCCCCGAUAACAAGGGUCUUCAAUUCUACCUCUGGGGCCGCCGAGCCCUCUGCUUCGAAAAAGUCUACCGCUCAAUCCUCUACCUAGCAAUACACCACCACUCCCUCCCAUCCUACCACCAAAGCAACACGCAACUCUUCCGCGAAAUCUUCAGCCAGGCCCAAAAAGCAAUCGACAAUUGCGCAGAACUCAUCCCGCGCUGGUGGUACCACCACCGCCACGGGUAUAUCUGGAAUAUCCUGCGGAGCACGUUCGGCGCCGCGGUGCAGAUUAUCGCCGCCGUGUUGGGGAGUUUGAAUGUUCGCAGGCCCGGGGGUGGAUGUUGGAGCCACCGACGAAUUGGGCCGCGCUUGUGA